CAAUACUAAACAGCUCCUUGAAGCGGCGCUGUUUUCUCCCCUUUCUGCUUUCUGUCUGUUUCUUCCGAUUCAGCCUCUUUCCAAAGCGGUCUUCUCACUUCUGUCCUGUCCAGAAUUAAACAGAAGCCUUCAAUUAACAACUUCCCUCCUUUUUGUUCACGCAUACAAGUACCAUUUUCAUCUUCGAUUAAAUCUGGUCCUUUAAUCCCAGAUCUGUAAUCUGUCACAUAUAUUGCCAAAAAACUCUGAUCCGAUCCAAUCCAAUCAUUCAUUUUUACUUAUUUUAUUUUAUAUUUUCUCCCAUAAGCAACAAGAGUUCCAUACAUAGUUAAAUACUUAAAACUCUUCCAACAUAAGUAAACAGUAGAACACUCCACUUGAUAACUAUCUAAGUCUUCAAUAAAAAAAAAAUAAAUUGAAUCAAAUGUCAAAGUCACUCUCGCUAACGUCCUCGUCUCUCAACAACCCUCAGCUGAAUGGUUUUCGAAAACGCAACAAUUCCCCACAGGGUCGGCUGGUGAGCCUCUCCGUCAAUCGGAGCAAAACAUUCACACUAUGCUCUGCUCCGGGGGACAAGAAGAGGUUUUUCGGCCCGCGGCUGCGAUCAAGCGGGUCUGAGAGGAUCCGCUUGUGGCAGUUUGGUGGGCCGGGCUGGUUACCGAAGGUGACAGUCCGGUCCGCAUUCUCGGCGGUGCCGGAGAAGCCGUUGGGGCUCUAUGAUCCCAAAAUGGAUAAGGACUCGUGCGGGGUUGGGUUCGUUGCUGAAUUGUCUGGUCAAAGUAGCCGCAAAACUGUAACAGAUGCGUUAGAGAUGUUGGUGAGAAUGACGCAUAGAGGUGCUUGCGGGUGCGAGGCCAACACUGGUGAUGGAGCAGGGAUUCUUGUGGCUCUGCCUCAUGAUUUUUACAAGGAGGUUGUGGAGUUUGAGCUUCCCCCCCAAGGAAAAUAUGCAGUUGGCAUGCUUUUCUUGCCUAAAUCUGAUAUUCGUAGGAAAGAAAGCAAAAAUAUAUUUCAAAAGGUUGCGGAGAGUCUGGGGCACUCAGUUAUUGGUUGGCGCUCCGUUCCCACAGACAACACAGGAUUGGGCAAAUCAGCUGUACAGACUGAACCGGUGAUUGAGCAAGUGUUUCUUACUCCAAGUGCUCAAUCAAAAGUUGAUUUGGAAAGACAGAUGUACAUAUUAAGGAAGCUUAGCAUGGCCGCUAUUACAUCUGCCUUGAACCUCCAAAAUGACGGCAUUGCUGAUUUCUAUAUCUGUUCACUUUCGUCAAGGACUGUUGUUUACAAAGGUCAGCUAACACCAGCUCAACUGAGGGAAUAUUAUUUUGCGGACCUAGGCAAUGAAAGGUUUACGAGCUACAUGGCCCUGAUACAUUCACGGUUUUCUACAAAUACCUUCCCUAGCUGGGAUCGUGCUCAGCCUAUGCAAAUAUUGGGACACAAUGGAGAGAUCAACACUCUAAGAGGCAAUGUCAACUGGAUGAAGGCGCGUGAGGGGUUACUGAAGUGCAAGGCACUUGGUUUAACAGAGGAUGAAUUAAAGAAGCUUUUGCCCAUUGUCAAUGCAAAUUCAUCUGAUUCAGGAGCUUUUGAUGGCGUUCUUGAGUUUUUGGUUCAAUCUGGAAAAAGUCUUCCUGAAGCUGUUAUGAUGAUGAUUCCUGAGGCAUGGCAAAACGAUAAAAACAUGGAUCCUCAACGUAAAGCAUUUUAUGAAUACUAUUCAGCUCUCAUGGAGCCAUGGGAUGGACCAGCUCUUAUAUCAUUUACUGAUGGUCACUAUCUUGGAGCUACACUGGAUAGGAAUGGACUGCGACCUGGCCGCUUCUAUGUUACUCACAGUGGACGAGUUAUAAUGGCAAGUGAAGUUGGAGUCGUAGACAUUCCUCCUGAAGAUGUGUGUAGGAAAGGAAGAUUAAAUCCUGGCAUGAUGCUUCUGGUAGAUUUUGAUAAGCACAUUGUUGUUGAUGAUGAUGCCUUAAAGGAACAGUAUUCGUUGGCAAGGCCCUAUGGGGAGUGGCUCAAAAGACAGAAGAUUGAACUCAAAGACAUAGUAGAUUCUGUUGAUGAAUCUGAAAGAGUUCCACCAACAAUCGCAGGAGUGGCUCCGCUCUCUAGUGAUGAUGUGGAUAUGGAAAAUAUGGGAAUUCAUGGUCUACUGGCUCCAUUGAAAGCUUUUGGAUAUACGGUUGAAUCAUUGGAAAUGUUAUUACUUCCUAUGGCAAAAGAUGGUGUAGAAGCCCUAGGGUCGAUGGGAAAUGAUACUCCAUUAGCUGUCAUGUCCAAUAGAGAAAAGCUCACUUUCGAGUACUUCAAGCAAAUGUUUGCUCAAGUGACAAAUCCUCCAAUUGAUCCUAUUCGUGAGAAAAUAGUUACUUCAAUGGAAUGUAUGGUUGGUCCAGAAGGUGAUCUGACACAAACAACAGAGGAACAAUGUCACCGCCUUUCACUAAAAAGUCCCCUUUUGACCAUUGAACAAAUGGAAGCGAUUAAAAAGAUGAAUUACAGAGGAUGGCGGAGCAAAGUUAUAGACAUAACUUACUCAAAGGAAUGUGGUAAGAGAGGAUUGGAAGAAGCAUUGGACAGGAUAUGUGCAGAAGCACAUGGUGCAAUUACUGAAGGCUACACAACCCUUGUUCUUUCUGAUAGAGCUUUCUCGAGGAAACAUGUUGCUGUGAGCUCCCUCCUGGCCGUUGGUGCUGUUCAUCAACAUCUUGUUAAAAGUCUUGAGCGCACUAGAGUUGCCUUAAUAGUUGAGUCUGCUGAACCACGUGAAGUGCACCAUUUCUGCACACUUGUCGGUUUUGGUGCUGAUGCUAUAUGCCCUUAUUUGGCUGUGGAGGCAAUAUGGAGACUCCAAGUUGAUGGAAGGAUCCCACCUAAAGCAAGUGGUCAGUUCUACUCAAAAGAUGAGUUGGUCAAGAAGUACUUUAAAGCAAGCAACUAUGGCAUGAUGAAGGUUCUUGCAAAGAUGGGAAUAUCAACUUUGGCCUCCUACAAAGGUGCUCAGAUUUUUGAAGCUCUGGGUCUUUCUUCAGAGGUGAUUGAAAAGUGCUUUGCUGGAACACCUAGUCGAGUUGAGGGUGCUACAUUUGAGAUGCUUGCUCGGGAUGCUCUACAACUGCAUGCAUUGGCAUUUCCUACUCGGGUUUUCUCUCCUGGAAGUGCUGAAGCUGUUGCGUUGCCCAAUCCCGGGGAUUAUCAUUGGAGGAAAGGUGGUGAAAUUCAUCUGAAUGAUCCGCUUGCAAUAGCAAAGCUUCAGGAGGCUGCCAGAACUAACAGUAUAGAUGCAUAUAAACAGUAUUCUAAGCUCAUUCACGAGUUGAAUAAAGCUUGCAAUUUGCGGGGAAUCCUGAAAUUCAAAGAGACAUCCACAAAGAUUCCCAUUGAUCAAGUGGAACCAGCCAGUGAAAUAGUUAAACGGUUUUGCACUGGGGCCAUGAGUUAUGGGUCAAUAUCAUUGGAGGCACACACAACAUUAGCAAUGGCUAUGAAUAAACUUGGAGGGAAAUCAAAUACAGGUGAGGGCGGUGAACAACCAUCUCGUAUGGAGCCUCUUCCUGAUGGUUCAAUGAAUCCCAAAAGGAGUGCCAUCAAACAAGUUGCUAGUGGAAGAUUUGGAGUCUCAAGUUACUACCUUACUAAUGCUGAUGAACUACAGAUAAAGAUGGCCCAGGGUGCAAAACCUGGUGAGGGAGGUGAACUUCCUGGCCACAAAGUUAUAGGAGACAUUGCCGUCACUAGAAAUUCAACUGCUGGAGUAGGACUUAUCAGUCCACCUCCCCAUCAUGAUAUUUAUUCAAUCGAAGACCUUGCGCAACUGAUUUAUGAUCUAAAGAAUGCCAACCCAUCUGCUCGAAUUAGCGUGAAGUUAGUUUCUGAAGCUGGAGUGGGGAUAAUUGCUAGCGGAGUUGUUAAAGGUCAUGCGGACCAUGUCUUGAUCUCAGGUCACGAUGGAGGUACAGGGGCAUCUAGAUGGACCGGCAUAAAGAAUGCUGGUUUGCCUUGGGAACUUGGCCUAGCUGAGACUCACCAGACAUUGGUUGCGAAUGACCUACGUGGUCGCACAGUUCUUCAAACUGAUGGCCAACUCAAAACAGGAAGAGAUGUGGCCAUAGCUGCUCUUCUUGGAGCAGAAGAGUUCGGUUUCAGCACUGCUCCACUCAUUACUCUUGGCUGUAUCAUGAUGCGGAAGUGUCACAAGAACACCUGUCCUGUUGGCAUUGCUACCCAAGAUCCAGUACUUAGAGAGAAGUUUGCCGGAGAACCUGAGCAUGUUAUUAACUUCUUUUUCAUGGUAGCUGAAGAGAUGAGAGAAAUUAUGUCUAACCUUGGGUUUAAAACUGUUGAUGAGAUGGUUGGCCGUUCAGAUAAGCUUGAAGUUGAUAAGGAAAUUGUUAAGAGCAAUGAGAAACUGGAAAACCUUGAUCUCUCUCUAUUGCUUAGACCUGCAGCUGAACUGCGACCGGGAGCUGCACAGUACUGUAUGCAAAAACAAGAUCAUGGCUUGGACAUGGCCUUGGAUAAUAAGCUCAUCAGUUUGUCCAAUGCUUCUUUGGAAAAGGGUCUCCCAGUAUACAUUGAAACUCCAAUACAGAAUGUAAACCGUGCUGUGGGAACUAUGCUUAGCCAUGAGGUUACUAAACGAUACCACUUAGCUGGUCUUCCAACUGGCACCAUCCAUAUCAGAUUUACUGGCAGUGCUGGCCAGAGCUUUGGUGCAUUCCUCUGUCCUGGAAUCACUUUGGAACUUGAAGGUGAUGGCAACGACUAUGUCGGUAAAGGAUUGUCAGGAGGAAAAAUUAUAGUUUAUCCUCCAAAAGGAAGCAACUUUGACCCUAAGGAGAACAUUGUAAUUGGUAAUGUGGCGCUGUACGGUGCAACCUGUGGUGAAGCAUAUUUCAAUGGGAUGGCAGCAGAAAGAUUUUGUGUGCGUAACUCCGGGGCUAAGGCAGUUGUGGAAGGGAUUGGUGAUCAUGGAUGUGAGUACAUGACUGGUGGGACUGUCGUUGUGCUUGGGAAAACUGGUAGAAAUUUUGCUGCUGGUAUGAGUGGUGGGAUUGCUUAUGUUCUUGAUGUGGAUGGAAAAUUCAAAUCUCGAUGCAACCCCGAGCUUGUAGAUUUGGACAAGGUUGAAGAGGAAGAGGAUAUUAUUACGCUAAGAAUGUUGAUACAGCAACAUCAACGGCACACAAAUAGCAUGCUUGCCAAAGAAGUUCUUGCUGAUUUUGAGAAUCUACUUCCUAAAUUCAUCAAGGUGUUCCCAAGGGAGUACAAGCGCGCUCUUGCAAAUAUGAAGUCUGAGCAGACCUCCAAUGAUACAGUAGAUGAUGAUGAAGCGCAGGCUGUUGAGAAGGAUGCAUUUGAAGAGCUUAAGAAACUGGCAACUUCAUCUGUGAAUGAGAAGCCAAGUCAGGCUGUAUCACCCAAGAGGCCAACUCAGGUUACUGAUGCCGUUAAACAUCGAGGUUUUGUUGCAUAUGAGCGUGAGGGUGUUCAGUAUCGGGAUCCUAAUCUUCGGAUGAAUGAUUGGAAGGAGGUGAUGGAAAAGAUGAAGCCUGGUCCCCUUUUGAAAACACAGUCUGCCCGAUGCAUGGACUGCGGUACUCCUUUCUGUCAUCAGGAGAAUUCUGGAUGUCCUCUUGGAAAUAAAAUACCAGAGUUUAACGAAUUAGUGUACCAAAAUAGAUGGCGGGAUGCAUUAGAAAGGCUUCUUGAAACAAAUAACUUUCCUGAAUUUACUGGUCGGGUGUGCCCUGCACCUUGUGAAGGUUCUUGUGUCCUUGGUAUUAUCGAAAAUCCGGUGUCUAUUAAAAGCAUUGAAUGUGCCAUCAUAGAUAAGGCUUUUGAGGAAGGUUGGAUGGUGCCACGACCUCCACUUAGGAGAACUGGGAAAAGGGUUGCCAUUAUUGGAAGUGGACCAGCUGGUCUAGCAGCUGCUGAUCAACUAAACAAAAUGGGCCAUACAAUAACAGUGUAUGAACGAGCUGAUAGGAUUGGAGGGCUUAUGAUGUAUGGGGUUCCCAACAUGAAAACUGACAAAGUUGAUAUAGUUCAACGGCGAGUCAACCUUAUGGCUGAGGAAGGAGUAACUUUUGUUGUGAAUGCUAACGUUGGACGUGAUCCUUUGUACUCUCUUGAUCGGAUUCGAGAGGAGAACGAUGCUAUUGUCUUGGCUGUUGGAGCCACAAAACCAAGAGAUCUUCCGGUGCCUGGACGUGAGCUCUCAGGAGUUCAUUUUGCCAUGGAGUUUCUUCAUGCGAACACUAAGAGCUUGCUUGAUAGCAAUCUUCAGGAUGGUAAUUACAUUUCUGCCAAGGGCAAGAAAGUUGUUGUCAUAGGUGGGGGUGACACUGGUACCGAUUGCAUAGGGACAUCCAUUCGUCAUGGUUGCAGUAGCAUUAUAAAUCUCGAACUUCUUCCUGAGCCACCUCGCACAAGAGCCCCAGGAAACCCUUGGCCUCAGUGGCCUCGCAUAUUCCGUGUAGAUUACGGGCACCAAGAAGCUGCUGCUAAAUUCGGGAAAGAUCCAAGAUCAUAUGAGGUACUGACAAAGCGUUUUGUUGGAGAUGAAAACGGAGUGGUGAAAGGACUUGAAUUGGUACGUGUCUGUUGGGAGAAGGAUCAAACUGGCAAGUUUCAAUUUAAAGAAAUUGAAGGCACUGAGGAGAUCAUUCAAGCUGACCUAGUUUUACUAGCCAUGGGCUUUCUUGGCCCUGAAUAUACAAUUGCAAAGAAGUUGGGUAUGGAGCAAGACAACCGGUCAAAUUUCAAGGCUGAUUAUGGUCGCUUCUCAACCAGUGUCAAAGGAGUGUUUGCAGCUGGCGAUUGUCGCCGGGGUCAAUCCCUGGUGGUAUGGGCUAUUUCAGAGGGACGACAAGCCGCGGCACAAGUUGACAAGUACCUCAUUAAAGAGGAAAAAGAGCACAAAGUUGUGGGGAGUAAGGAUGAACUAGUCAAGAGGCAACAAGACCUCAACAAGAAGCACCAGGACAGUAGCAAACACACAGUGAUGACCUAAGAAGUUACCGUGAGUUUUCGUGCUCUCAGAUGACUCAAUAAAAGCGCAUAGAAUAAAAAGAAAAGGAAGGUUCUUUACCUUGGGCAAUUUCUUGUGUGGCAAGUUGGUGAUCCAAAGUGGAAAAACAAUGAGAAAAAUAAAGGAGUGUAGUAUGUGUUACGAUAAGUAUGAAAUGAAUGACCAUGGGUGGCUCAUAUUUUCCAUGCUGAAAUGCUAUGUUACCAAAACUCUUGCAUUUAAUGAUACGUGGAAAAAUAAAUCUCAUUGCAUGUAUAAAUAGAGGUUAAACCUCAGUAAGAAACACACAGCAAUAAAAACUCAUAUAUUCCCUCUC